CCUCUUCUCUCCCGCCGGGGGAAAGGUCGGACUCUCAGGCCUCCUCCCUGCUCCUCCAGGCCUUCGGAUGACCUCUCCAUCCGUCUGAGGCAGUCUCCCUUCUCCACUGAGGCCUCCCCCGAGACCUCCCCCACCAGAACUCCUGUCACCCCGCCUCCGCUCUCUCCACCUUCACCUCCUCUCAGGGCCUCCCCCCCUGCCAGAGAGUCUCCACCUCUCUCCAAGCCCCCGGCCCCUCCCACCACCAUGCUCCCCCUCACUCCUAAGAUCGGCAUGGGGAAACCAGCCAUCUCUAAGAGGAAGUUUUCUCCAGGCAGAGCCAGAGUCAAACAGGGUUCGUGGUGGAGUAAUCGCAGGGCAGUGAGCCCCCCCUCGUCCUCCCAGGAUUCCACGGGGGAGGGAGGGUGGGACAGCCCUAAGCCCCGCCCACCGGACUCCCCCCUCUGGAGCAUGAGAGUGGGCCGUGGUUCAGGGUUUCCAGGCAGGAGGAGGUCCAGAGGAGGAAGUGUUGGAGGAGGAAGAGGAGGGGGCAGAGGCAGGAGCAGACUGAAGACUCAGGACAGUCAGACUGUGUCACCUGGAUGUGGAUAUGUGGAGCCGUUCCAGCCGAAGGAGGAGGAGGAGAAUUCGAUGCACAACACAGUGGUGAUGUUCUCCACCUCCGACCACUUCACCCUCAGACAGGACAUGUGUGUGGUGUGUGGUAGUUUUGGUCAGGGUGCUGAGGGCAGACUGUUGGCCUGUUCUCAGUGUGGACAGUGUUACCAUCCCUACUGUGUCAAUGUCAAGAUUACACGGGUGGUUCUGACCAAAGGGUGGCGCUGUCUGGAGUGUACAGUGUGUGAGGCGUGUGGCGAGGCUAGUGACCCCGGGCGACUGUUGCUAUGUGACGACUGUGAUAUCAGCUACCACACCUACUGUUUGGACCCGCCCCUCCAUACAGUCCCUAAAGGAGCCUGGAAGUGCAAGUGGUGUGUGUGGUGUGUGCAGUGUGGCUCCGCCUCCCCCGGGCUGCACUGUGAUUGGCAGAGUAACUACAGUCGCUGUGGACCGUGUGCCAGUCUGAGCCGCUGUCCACUGUGUCAGAGACAGUACACACAGGACGACCUUAUACUGCUGUGUCAGCAGUGUGACAGGUGGGUACAUGCUGUGUGUCAGGGUCUGCCCACUGAGGAUGAGGUGGAGGUUGCUGCUGACGAAGGCUUCGACUGUUCGCUGUGCAGAACACACAGCCGUGGCUCAUACGGGAGGUCAGAGAGUUUUGAUUCUCCCUACAUGGCUCAGAUCAUCUCCAGGAUCAAAGAACCAGACACAAAGACCUACACUCAGGACGGAGUGUGUCUCACAGAGUCAGGUCUGUCUCACCUGCAGUCUCUGGUUGAACCCCUGACGUCACCACGCAAGUAUCGCAGGUGUAAACCCAAACUGAAGCUGAGGAUCAUCAACCAGAACAGCGUGUCUGUCCUCCAGACCCCCCCUGACCCCGACCCCCCCGCUGAGCAGGACCACAGCAGAGGUGACUUGGAGUGUGAGAUGAAAUCCGACUCCAGCCCCGAGCGAGACCACGCCCACGAUGACGAUGUCACCAAGGAGCCUGAGGUUACUGACGGCAACAAGAAGAGGAAGAGGAAACCCUACAGGCCAGGUAUCGGGGGGUUCAUGGUGCGUCAGCGUGGAGGGAAGGCAGGUCCCAGCAGAAUCAAACUGUGCAGAAAAGAUUCAGCGGAGACGCUGCUGGGCCGAGACGAAGGCCUGUUGGAUGCUGAGGUUGCCAUAGAGACGGUGCUGCCUGCAGACCAGACCAUGGAGAAGGUGAAGAAGAGAUACAGGAAGAAGAAGACGAAGCUGGAGGAGGCUUUCCCAUCUUAUCUCCAGGAGGCGUUCUUCGGUCGGGAUCUUCUGGACCGGAGUCGGCAGGUGGACAGGAGGGCGGGGCCAGAGACACCAGGCGGCAGCCAAUCAGGAGCGGCAACAGGUGACAUGAAAAGCCCCACCCCUGAUUUACAUGGCCCCUCCCCCUCAGGACUGCUAGUCGGUGCCAUGGCAACCAGCAAGAGACAGGGAACUCUGCCCAUGUCGGAAGAAGCUCUGUUGGAUCUGUCUGAUGUUCUCAACACUGACCCUCACAUACUGGCUACAGGACACACAGGUCAGUUCCAGGUGGAGCGCUCCCCCUCUCCGUUUGCCGGGCUGGACAUCAGCUCCAUGGCCAAUGACUCAUCUUUGACCUCUGAGCCGACAGGAAGUUGUGGGCGUGGCCAGAGGGUGGUGCAGGAGGAGCCUUUGGAUGCCAUCUUGAGUCCUGAGCUGGACAAGAUGGUCACUGACGGUGCCAUCCUCAGCAAACUCUACAAGAUCCCAGAGCUGGAGGGGAAAGAUGUGGAGGAGGUGUUCACUGCUGUUCUCAGUCCAAACAGCAACAACCAACCAGAGCAGAGCCAACACACUCACACUGCUGCUGCAGGGAGCAAGACACACACACACCACACAGGCGCUGUGUUUCCACAACUGCCGCUGAUGAAUGGCCUGAUGGGAGCUGCUCCUCACUUCCCCAACACUCCCAUGAUGCCCAGCGGUGUCCAGGGUCCAGCAGGCUUUAGGAUGCCCCCUCCUGAAGGCCACGCCCCCGCUCUGCUACCCAGCCCCAGCACCGGCCCCCCUGGGCAGGCCUCGGCCAAUCAGGCGACAGCAGGAGAGGGCGAGCAGGAUGUGAUGUCGACGGCUCAAAGAGGCAUGUUGAAGUGGGAGAAAGAGGAAACUCUGGGAGAGCUGGCCACUGUCGCCCCUGUCCUCUACUGCAACACCAACUUCCCCCAGCUGAGGGAGCAGUAUCCUGACUGGUCCACCAGAGUGAAGCAGAUUGCCAAGCUGUGGAGAAAAGCCAGCUCUCAGGACAGAGCUCCCUACGUGCAAAAAGCUCGUGAUAACCGAGCGGCUCAGCGCAUCAACAAGGUGCAGCUGUCCAACGACCCGCUCAAACGCCACCCGCCCUCGCAGCAGCCGCAGCAGCAGCAGCAGCAACAGCAGCAGCAGCCGCUGCCGCCGCAGCAGCCGCAGCAGCCGCUGCCACCGGGACCAUAUGACCCUGUUUCCAUGGAGGCAGAGUUGGCAUUCAAGGACCCACUGAGACCCAAAGAGUCAGAGCAGGAGCAGGAGUGGAAGUUGAGACAGCUCCUGCGUCAGAAGAGUAAGCAGCUGGCUAAGAUGGAGGCAUGUCAGAAGUUGGAGCAGGUGAAGAACGAGCAGCGUCAGCAGCAGCUCCUCGCCACGCAGCGCGUGACGGGACAUCUGUCCCCUGAGAGCGGCAGCCGCAGCCCCAUGACCCCCGCCCAGCAGCCGGUCGCCGGGGGCAACGCCUCCCCCCUCCAUCCGUCGGCAUCCAGGGAGGCUCAGUCCAGGCAGCACCUCCUCCUGCAGGGGGGCCAGAGUUCAGGACUGGCAGACGACGUCUUCCUCAGACCACAAGCUCCUCCCCCGUCCGGCUUCUCCUCGCUCCCUCACUCCCCUCACCCCUCCUCCCCUCUCCACCAGCCCCCAUCCUCCCCCCAGAUGUUCUCCCCGCCCUCUUCCCGCCCCUCCUCGCCCUGGGAUCCUUACAGCAAGGUAGUAGGGACUCCUCGCCCCUCCUCCUCCCAGUCUGGUGGUCCCCCCACACCCCAGCAGCAACGUCGCAACUCCCUCAGCGCCUCCCCGGCCCACGAUGCCUUUGGUUCCCCUGCACGGUCCCCCGACGCCAAGACUUCCGAUGUCUCCAGGGCCCUGGGACCCCAACCAGGGCUGCAGCAGAGCAGAGCAGGUGUGCUGAGCUCCGCCCCUGACCACACAGGUAGACAUGUUGUUGUCCGAACAGCGGAGACGUACCAGAGGACUCCUCACAGCGGUAACCUCCGUAUGGGGGGGUCUGAAUCGUUCGGCCGGCCUGGUGAACUGUUCCAGGGAGGGGUGUUUAAAGCCCCUAUGCCCCCCCAGCACCAGCAGGAGGUGUUUAUAGGAGGAGGAAGGAGGGACCCGUCCAGACCCACAGACCUGGGCUUUGCCCUCCCCCAGUCGCAGGACCCCCCCUUCCCCUCUAGUCCACUGUCAGGACUGGGGUCUCCCCACCGAAGCCCCUAUGCCCAGACGCCCGGCACGCCCCGCCCUGACUACAGCCAGCAGGCCACCGAUCCCUUCACCCAGCAGUCGCCGUUGACCUCCCGGCCCUCUCCUGACCCCUAUGCCAACCCCCAGACCCCUGGCACACCACGCCCACACUCUGACCCUGCCUACCUCUCCACGCCGCCUGCAUUGCGACUGGACCAGUACAACCAGCAGUCUGCUAACCGCCGGCCGUCCCCCUCCCACCCAGCGCUCGACCCCUACACCUCCAACCCAGGGACGCCCCGCCCCUCUGUCACAGAGCGCUUCCCUCGAUCACCGGGGAGUCAGCGGAGCGCCGACCCCUACGCGCAGCCUGUCGGUACGCCGCGACCCUCGCCCGACCCCUACACCCAGCAGCCCUCCACGCCACGGCCACAGAAGGCACCCGAGCCCUUCAUCCCGGCCCCAGUGGAGAGCUUCACCCCUCAGCCUGCAGGACCAGGGUCCUCCCCUCUGGCUCCAGGACUGUCUGGAGAGACCUUCACCUCGACACACCCCCAGUUGCAGCAGUCUCCAGGAAGACAACAACAACAACAGGACUCAUUUCCCAGAACCCCCAGCAGCCAGACCCCAAAACACCCUGGCAUGUCAGAGGAAGGCGGGUUCUCUGGUUUGGCCAGUCAGACCUCGGGUCACGACCCCUUCGAGCAGGGUCACAUGACACCAGGCCCCUCACAGACAGACAAGACGGCAGCCAAUGAAAUGACAGCAUUGGGUGUGGCCUCUUUAGAUGGACCAAUGAGCAUGCUCCCUCAGCCUGGUGACUCAGAAGAGAAGCUAAGACAGCGUCAGCGGCUGCGGCAGCUCAUCCUGAGGCAGCAGCAGCAGAAGAGUGCGUUACGGCAGGAGAAAGGUCUCCAGGAACCAGGUUCAGGACCAGCUGCCCCCCCCGCUGGUCCGCCCGGCCCUGCUUCAGGUUCAGGAACACCCCGUCACUGGUCCCAGGAGGACUCCUCCUCGGCUCCUCCAGCAGACCUGUUUGGACGCCCCCCGCCUCCCUAUCCUGGCACCGUGAGGCCCAGUGGGCCAGUGGUGUCUUUAGCCCCCAGGUUCCCUGGAGGUUUCCCAGGGGAGCAGCAGAGGGGCUUCACCCCCAGCGAGGCUCCCUUUCCUAGGCAGAGCCUCCCCAGAGAGCUGGGUGUCAGAGGACCAGUCCUGAGGAUCGCUGGUUCUCCAGGGCUUCCGGGACUUCCGGGACCUCCAGCGGGCCUCCAGGACUCCUUCCUGCGUCCUCCCCAGGGUUCUCUGCCUGGAUCUGGACUCGCUGUGGAGGGAGUUCCUGUCCAGAUGAGAAGGCCGAUUCCCGGAGAGUUCAGCGGCAUCCGACCGCUGACCGCUCCCAGCGCUCACCCACACAUGAUGCCAGGUGUCCCCCAGCCGUUCCUCCCACGCUCCCUCCCCAUCCAGCAGCACAGCAUCAUGGGACAGCCCUACAUCGAGCUACGUCACCGGGCCCCUGAGAAUCGCCUCAGGAUGACCUUUUCUCUGCCCGUGGCCCCGGACCCCGAGGCCCCUCUGCUGCACCCCAGAGACCCCCAGCCGUCUCUGGUCCGCCCCAGUCAGGGGGCCAGGAUGGGUGAGACGCCUCUGAGCCAGCAGAUGGUGAUGGCGGGCGGCGUGGAGCAGCUUAACCAGCAGGAACAGCAGCACCUGGGACACACGGCGGCUCUGACUCAGAGCGGUGACUCGACACUCCCGGGGGCUGAUGUGAUAGAGGAGCACCUGGAGGGAGAGGACUCGGCCGUGAAGGAUCUGGAGGACGUGGAGGUGAAAGACCUGGUGGACCUGAACCUGAACCUGGACCCUGAGGAUGGUAAAGAGGACCUGGAUCUGGGUCCUAACGACCUCCACCUCGAUGACUUCCUGCUGUCAGGGAAGUUUGACCUGAUCGCCUACGCCGACCCCGAGCUCAACCUGGAGGACAAGAAGGACAUGUUCAAUGAGGAGCUGGACCUGGAGCCGGUGGAGGAGAAGGACGGAGCUGGCGGGUCCAGAAAGACAGAUAGCCACGCCCCCCUGGUCGGCCAGGUGAAACAGGAAGUGAUGGACGGCAUCAAGACAGAAGACCUCACAACACAACCUGGGGUCGUCGCCACCAGUGGUCCUCCUGGACCUCCUGGAGGUCCAGGGACCAAGGCUGCUGGCUCCUCUGCCCUCCUCACCAAGGAGAAGGUGGAGGACUCUGGUUCAGCUCUCCAGGCCCAGGAACACACUCCCAUGGUUCACCCCCCCAUGUCUGCAGGGCAACAGUCUGUCUUCCAGCAGCAGCAGAGACCCUUUGGACCCUCCCCCUCAGCUCUCCUCACCCCCCACCCUCAGGGUCUCCCGGUGUCUCCUCACCCCAGUCUGCCUCCUCAGGGCCCCCCCGCCCCACCUCACUCGCUGUCCCUUCAACCCAUAGUUCUCAACCCCCAGACCCAGGGCCAGACUGUCUUCCUCCAGAACCAGAACCAGGUGCAGAACCAGAACCAGAACAAACUCAGGCCCCUGCUCCUUGAGGAGCAGCCCCUCCUCCUACAGGACCUCCUGGACCAGGAGCGUCAGGAGCAGCAGCAGCAGAAACAGAUGCAGGCCCUGAUCAGACAGAGGUCCACCUCAGACCCCCUGUUCCCCAACAUGGCAGACUUUGACUCCAUCUCUGACCCCAUCAUGAAGGCUAAGAUGGUGGCUCUGAAGGGCAUCAACAAGGUGAUGACUCAGGGCAACCUGGCACUGAACCCCAUGGUCAUUAACAGUGUCCGGUUCCAGCAAGCUCCGGCUCCGGGGGCUCCGGGGGCUCCGGGGGCUCCGGGGGCUCCGGGGGCUCAGGGGGCUCCGGGGAACGAAGGGACUCCUCAGCCUCCACAGCUGCUUGAACAGGACGCCAAGGUGAACCCUCAGCUGGUGCGGCCCAACCCCCCCAGCUUUGGCCCAGGCUUCGUCAACGAGUCUCAGCGACGUCAGUAUGAGGAGUGGCUGGGGGAGACGCAGCGCCUCCUGCAGAUGCAACAGCGCCUCCUGGAGGACCAGAUCGCCGCCCACCGCAAGACCAAGAAAGCUCUCUCUGCAAAGCAGAGAACGGCCAAGAAGGCAGGCCGAGCGUUUGCAGAGGAGGACGCCGCCCAGCUCCGCUACAUCACUGAGCAGCAGGGGGCGGUCCAGAAACAGCUGGAGCAGAUCCGGAAGCAGCAGAAGGACCACGCGGAGCUGAUCGAGGACUACGUGACCAAGCAGCAGCAGCAGCAGCAGCAGCAGCAGAGAGCUCUGCAGCAGCAACCACCACCUGCUGCCCCCCCCAUGCUGCCUGCAGGAGUGCCCCCCAUUCCCCAGACCCUGCUCCCCCAGCCCAUGGUGCCCAUGCAGCCGCAUCCAGGCGGCCCCACCCCAGCCUGCGUCCCUAAUGUCCCUCCUGGUUGGACCCCAGGGGGCGGGGCUCCAGGGGUGAUGGGGCAGAGGAUUCCACCUCAUCUGCCCCCUCAGAUGCCACCCACCCUGCCUAACCCCCCCCAGGCUUCCCCACAUACCCAGACCCCUCAGGUCAUGGUGCCCAACCUCGCUCCUCCAACAGCGGCCUUCAACACAGGCCCCAGGGCCCCCCCUGGAGGGCCCAAUGUAGCAGCAGGAGACGGAGCCACCCCCACACCUCAGACCUUGUUGUCUCCACCACUGCAGGUGAAGUUUGACGACAACAACCCGUUCAGUGAAGGUUUCCAGGAGCGGGAGCGGAGGGAGCGGCUGAGGGAGCAGCAGGAGAGGCAGAGGGUCCAGCUGAUGCAGGAGGUGGAGCGUCAGCGGGUGCUCCAGCAGAGACUGGAGCAGCAGAGCCUCCUGGGAGCCGGAGUCACAGCCGCGCCUCCAGCUGGAGCUCGGGUCGGGCAAACAUCUGGACCUGGUCCUGUGGGGGCAGCACCUGCCCCGGGCGGGGACAGCCUCUCACAGAUGCCUUUCUUCAGCUCUGAGCUGCCCCAGGACUUCCUCCAGUCCCCCCCGGCCACCAGACCUCCAUCGCAGCACCAGGGCCAGGUGGGGGCACCGUUCCCCCAGCAGGUGGGCCUCCACCAGGGCUUCACAGGACCCCUGCACCCUGGACCGCUCCCGGCUUCAGGUCUGCAACCUGGUGUCACAGCAGAACGCAGCAGGGCCUUGCCUGAACAUGGACCCCCCAUGGACGUGGCUCCUUCAAACCUCCAGACCAGACUGAGGCCCCCGGGCCCCGCUGGGCCCUCCAUCCAAGGACAGGUACGCCCAGCUGGGAUCGGCGCUGCAGGAAUGACCCCCUCCCAUCCUGGGGGUCAGGGUCAUCGAUUUGGACACGACUCCUCCUCUUCCUCCCCGUUGAACCCCCUCCCCCCCUCCUUCCCCUGCUCCUCUGGAGGCCCCUCCUCCCUCAUCCAGCUCUACUCUGACAUCAUCCCUGAUGACAAACCAAAGAAGAAGAGGACCAGGAAGAGGGAGGGAGACGACACCAUGGGGGGAGGGGGAGCCAGGACGCCCCUGUCCUCCCACUCUGAUGACAUCACUGCCCCGCCCACCCCAGCGGUCUCUGACACUUCCUGCUCCACGCCCACUCGGGGCAGCCUGGACCAAUCAGACGCCUUUCCUGGUCUGGCCCCAUCGUCCGAGUUGGAGAGGCAGCUGUCGGUCAGCUCUGCAGCCCAGCAGAGAGCCUCUGUCCUGGGCAUGGAGUGUCAGCGGGGCCCCCUGUCUGCGGCUCGUCUGGAGGUCAAGGAGGAGUGGGAGGAGGGCGGAGCUUGUGGGGGUGGUGUGGUUAAGAUGGAGGAAGGGGGGGGGGAGGGAUUCUCCUCCCCAUCCCCUCUCCAAGGGGGAGGUAAAGACGGAGACGGUGGGAAGGAGCUGCUCAGACACCUGCUGAAGGACAAGACCUCACCGGCCUCCACGCCAUCACCCACCAGCCAGGCCACAGCCACUACCUGCCACCAGCUGUCCAAUGAGAGCGCCCGGUCCGAGGAGGAUGACAGGCCUGGUUCCCAUAGCAACAUGGUGACCAUGGACAGUCCAGGUCCAGACCUGCUGGACUCCUCGGGUAGGAAGAAGACUCAGCGCUGUAAGAGACUGUCCCGUCCCGAGAAGGACCGAGCUCCUCCCAAAUACAAGAGGAGGAAGAAGGAGGAGGAGGAGAAGACGCUCCACUCCUCCUCUGACCCUCUGAUGACUCACCUCAGACAGCUGUCGGUGCUGCCCCUGAUGGAACCGGUCCUGGGGGUGGAUCUGAGUCUGUUCCCCCCAUACGGCAGCUCCUCGCUGGGCAGAGACUCCAGACUGACGGGCUCCUUUGGGAAUGGCUGUCUGGACGGAGUCACCGACUACUACUCCCAGCUCAUAUACAAGCAGAAUAACCUCAGUAACCCCCCCACACCUCCGGCCUCCCUGCCCCCACCCCCCCCGCCUGUUGCCAGGCAGAAGUUAGUGAACGGCUUCGCCACGACGGAGGAGCUGACCAGGAAGGAGAUCACAGAGCAGGACGUGAAAGGUGUGUCAGGUCUGAAGCAGAAAGGGGAGGAGCUUCUGGCUUUAAACCAUGCCUCCAAGACAGUAGACGUCCCCGCCUCCCUGCCGACCCCACCCCACAACAACCAGGAGGAGAUCAGGGUCCAGGACUCGUCGGAGCGGGACAGCCCAGACGGCUUCGUCCCGUCGUCGUCUCCAGAGAGCGUGGCGGACAUGGAGGUCAGCAGGUACCCUGACCUCUCCUUCAUCAAGCUGGAGCCACCCUCGCCCUGUCCCUCGCCCACAAUACCCAUCAUGCCCUGCGCCUGGGGAAAAGGCUCUGCAGUGAAACAGGAAGUGAAGGCGGAGCCUAACCAUCAGGAUCCUCCCUCCUGCUCCAACACAGACCUAGUUACCAUAGCAAUAACCCUGAACCCUGUGGCAGCUCAGAAUGUUGCAGGUGUGAUGGCGGCGGUGGCGGAGCUGCUGAGGGUCCCGGUCCCCGUCAACUACCAGCUGAGCCAACCAGCCGGCCCCGAGCGCAGCUCCCUGGCUCUGUUGGCCGGAGUAAGAGUGCCACUGACUCAGGGUUCAGCAGGCAGCAGACAGCAAAGACCUCCACCUGGACACACAGGUGUCAGGAUGGACUACAACCAACAUGGCGGCUCCCCUGCUGCUGCCAGGCCUCAGUGUUGCAGCUACUGCAAGGUGCUACUGGGAAAUGGAGUCCGUGUGGUCAAAGAGCUCAAACAGGAGGGACAGUCCAGACCAGGGUCCAGCCUGGUGUUCUGCAGUCCACACUGCUCUGCUCUCCACACAUCGGACCCCCAAAGCAGAGCUGCAGGAAACAAGUCUGUGGUCCCCGUCUUGCUGACCAGCUCUGAGCGCCCCCCUCCCUGCUUAGUGACGCACCAGUACACCAACAACAUGUCCUCCAUCGCUGUGCACUCCCUCCCCCAAGCUCCCCCCUCACCUCCCCCUGCUUCCUCCUCCUCCUCCCCAGCACUCUCCUUCCCCCCCGCCUCUGCCAUUACCAUGGAGACCAGGCCCCGUAUGGACAGCCUGAAGGUGAAGGUGAAGUUGAAGCCCCGCCCCCGCGCGGUUCCAGGUGGGGAGGACUUGUCUCGGCAUGUGAAGAGGAUGAAGAGUUCCCGCUGGAGACGCUGGAGCAUCAGCAUCACACUUAGCCGGGGUCCUUGCAUCCCUAACGAGGCAGUUGCCUUGCCAACCGAUGAGGAAGUUGACAUACUGUUUAAAAAGUUGGGGGUGUGUCUUCGUCCCGACCCGUUACCAAAAGAUCAGCGAAGGUGCUGCUUCUGUCACCAGCAGGGAGAUGGACAGACGGACGGACCGGCCAGACUACUGAACCUGGACCUGGACCUGUGGGUCCACCUGAACUGUGCUCUGUGGUCCAGCGAGGUCUACGAGACGCAGGCUGGUGCUCUGAUCAACGUGGAACUGGCUCUGAGACGAGGUCUGACUCUGCGCUGCGCUCACUGUCAGCACACCGGCGCCACGAGCGGCUGCAACCGCCUCCGAUGCACCAACACCUACCACUUCACCUGCGCACUGCAGGCCCACUGCACCUUCUUCAAGGACAAGACGAUGCUCUGUCACCUCCAUAAGCCCAGGACGGUUCCUCUCAGCGGGGACAGGUCUUCCAGCGGCUCCCCCUCCUCCACUCCAGGACCGACCCCUGACCUUGCGGCGAUGGUGGCCACUGACCCGUACGACUCGGAGCUGCGCUGCUUCGCCGUGUUUCGACGAGUGUACGUGCAGCGGGACGAGGCGCGGCAGAUCGCCGCCGUGGUGCAGCGCGGUGAGCGGCAGCACACCUUCCGAGUCGGCGGCCUUUUGUUCCGCGCCAUCGGCAGGCUCCUCCCUCAGCAGAUGAAGGCCUUCCACAACCAGACCGCCAUCUUCCCCGUUGGUUACCAUGCCAACCGCAUCUACUGGAGCAUGCGCCACAGCAGCAGACGCUGUAAGUACAUGUGCUACAUCGAGGAGAAGGAGGGUCAGCCGAUGUUUAAAGUGAAGGUGGUGGAGAAGGGACAUGAUGACCUCAUACUGACCGGACCAACACCUAAAGCUGUGUGGGACCAGAUACUGGAACCAGUAUCACAGAUGAGAUCCUCCAGUGGGACUCUGAAGCUCUUCCCAGUUUACCUGAAAGGAGAAGAUCUGUUCGGUCUGACCUCAUCUGCAGUGACCAGGAUCAUCGAGUCUUUGCCAGGUGUGGAGGCCUGUGAGCGUUACACCUUUCGUUACGGCAGGAACCCUCUCAUGGAGUGGCCCCUGGCCUUCAACCCGUCGGGCUCGGCCCGCUCUGAACCCAAAGCCUGUCAGGCCAAGAGACCGAACCUGCUGACCAGCAUCGCUGCCAGGUGUCAGGGCUCGGUGGGCUCCAUCGUAGGCCUCGUCCCCGGCGUCAUCUCUCUGUCUCCAGGUGAGUCUGUGGCGGGAGCACACCAGGGACGCCACUCCAAGUCCUCGCAGUACCGACGCAUGAAGGCCGAGUGGAAGAGCAACGUGUACCUGGCCCGCUCCCGCAUCCAGGGUCUGGGUCUGUACGCUGCCAGAGACAUUGAGAAAUGCACCAUGGUCAUCGAGUACAUCGGCACCAUCAUCAGGAGUGAAGUGGCCAAUCGCAAGGAGAGGCUGUACGAGUCACAGAACCGUGGUGUGUACAUGUUUCGGAUCGACAACGACUAUGUGAUUGACGCCACCAUCACUGGAGGACCUGCCAGGUACAUCAACCACUCCUGUGCUCCCAACUGCAUCACAGAAGUGGUGUCUGUGGAGAAGGAGAACAAGAUCAUCAUCAGCUCCUGCAGACGCAUCCAGAGAGGAGAAGAGCUGUCCUAUGACUAUAAGUUUGACCUGGAAGACGAUCAACAUAAGAUUCCGUGUCACUGUGGAGCCGUCAACUGUCGCAAAUGGAUGAACUGAAAACACACACACACACACACACACACACACACACACACAUACACAGACACACACAGGCAGCUCUCUCUCUCUCUCAUCUCGGUGCUGAAGCUGGAUGUCGAUCGCCCACUGUUCUGUGGGCGGGGCUCAACUUCAUAUCAGAAAUGAAUCUAAUAAUAAAACUGAUCGAUCCAGGUUUGAUCAGAGAGAUAAUGAUGGGGUUUGACA